UCUCCACUCAUGCGGACCCGGCCGAAGCUCAUGGACUAGCUGGAGGUCUGGUGGUGGAGCUGUAUCGGGCUUGUAACGGACAGGCUGACCCAGUGGACAAUGGCUGCCAAAGAGGACCUCUACAGUAAAAUCCUCCCUCGGAGGCUCCGGCAGAAUCGGUCGGGUUCAGUGAAAUGUGGCUCCAACCUGGACGUGCUGUUAUCCAUGGGCUUCCCCAGACCAAGGGCACUGAAAGCUCUGGUAUCAACAGGAGGUCGGAGUGUGCAAGCAGCAUGUGACUGGCUGUUCUCCCAUGUGGAUGACCCGUUCCUGGACGACCCUCUGCCCAGGGAAUUUGUCCUGUACCUGCGACCCAGCGGACCACUACAGAACCAGCUCUCACACUUCUGGCAACAGAGCCGGGUCACCUGUGGAAAAAACAAAGCCCACAACAUUUUCCCCCACAUCACCCUCUGCCAGUUCUUCAUGUGUGCAGACCACCAAGUAGAAGCUCUAUGUGAGGCCCUCCAGGCCUCCGUCCAGCAGUGGCGGGGUCGAUUUCCCAGCCCGUUGCCGCUAGAGCUUUACACUUCCUCCAACUUCAUUGGUCUUUUUGUGGAGGAGCAGGUGGCCGACAUCCUCAGGCAGUUUGCAACCGACUUCGCCACAGAGGCUGCCAGGACGGCAGAGGUCCAUGUGGAGCCUCAUAAGAAGCAGCUCCACGUAACUCUGGCCUACAACUUCCCCACCAAUCACCUCCCAUCACUGGAGAAACUGGCCAAGGGCAUCGAAGUCAAGUUAGGCUGUGAUUGGCUAGCAGUCCUGUUCUCCCGGGACAUUCGUUUUGCAAACCAUGAGACCCUGCGGGUGAUGUACCCCUACUUGCCUCAGAACGAGGAUGAGCUGGAGCUGGUUCCUGGCGAUUUUGUCUUCAUGUCUCCAGUGGAUCAGGGCAGUACCAGUGAGGGCUGGGUGUACGGGACCUCGCUGGCCUCUGGGCUGUCUGGCCUGCUGCCUGAGAACUAUGUCAGCCUGGCCGAUGAGUCCGACACCUGGGUCUUCCAUGGCUCCCAUUCAUUCUUCAGCUGUGGGCCCAGCGACAAAACCAGCAAGGAGAGAGGGAUGUUUGAUGCGCUGCUGGACAGCCGACGCACUGACAACACCAGUCCUGGAGACACACCUUCCCUCAGUCUCAUUUGUCAUCCAAUGCAGCAGGUCCUGCGGAUUAGUGGUAGUCACUCUAGGCAGCCCAAGCGGACACUUUUUGUCUGUCGGCACGGUGAGAGGAUGGAUGUGGUCUUUGGCAAACACUGGCUCUCCCUCUGCUCCGACACUAAAGGUAGAUAUGUACGUUCCAAUCUGAACAUGCCUCCCAGUUUGCCGCUGUGGGGAGGACAGAGAGAUUACGACAUGGACGCUCCCAUCACUGUGUUUGGAUCCACACAGGCUCGAAUAGUGGGUGAGGCCCUAUUAGAGAGUAACACAGUGAUAGACUUUGUGUACUGCUCUCCCUCUCUGCGAUGUGUUCAGACUGCACAGAACAUCCUGAAAGGUCUGCAACAGGACGGUAAGCUGAAGGUGCGAGUGGAACCGGGGCUUUUUGAAUGGACCAAGUGGGUUUCUGGGAACUCCCUGCCUGCAUGGAUACCUCCCACUGACCUGGCUGCGGCCCACUUCAGUGUGGACACAACAUACAGACCUCUGAUGCCAGUCAGCAAGCUCACUGUGUCUGAAUCCUAUGAGAACUACAUGAGCCGGAGUUACCAAGUGACCAAAGAUAUCCUGUCAGACUGCAAAAACACUGGAAACAACGUGCUGAUUGUUGCCCACGCUUCUUCCUUAGAGGCUUGCACACGCCAGCUGCAGGGCCGCGGCCCACAAAGCGCCAAGGACUUCAUCCAAGUAGUCCGAAAGAUCCCCUACCUGGGCUUCUGCUCGUGUGAGGAGCAGGGAGACACGGGGGUUUGGCAGUUAGUGGACCCUCCCAUCCUCCCCCUCACACAUGGACCAAACCACUCCUUUGACUGGCGGGAGACACUUCUGCAAGAAUGACAUCUGAUCUGAUCUCUGUCCAACCUGUUGAUACUGUGCUCCCUCCCACUGACUGCUGUAACACGUUUCAGACCAGUGCCCCCAAAAUACUGGAACCUUUCUCUUUUCAGCUUCUUUACACAGCUGGUGGCUUAGCAGUGACGGCCUGAAGAAGCUUCCUGCCUGAACAUGAGGAGCCCACAGUCCCAGCCGGGGAAUGGUUGGUGAACUGACUGACUCUGAGGCUGUUUUCAACAAUAAUUGUCCAAUCUCAAAUGUCUUUGCAUUGUUAUGUUGAUUGAGGGAGACGUUAGUUUGGGCACUGUGGGUGUUAGCUGCACUGUGUGGGAGAGCUCUCACUGACUGAAAUCCAGCUGGACUAUGUGUAGACAUUGUCAUCUCAGUCUCAAAAAAUUUUGUGAAAUUAGCACAUUUUAUAACAUAUAACAGUGUGCUUUUUGUGUGACUAGUAGGAAAAAUAAUUUCUUACCAACAGGAAUGUUGAACAUUAAGAAACAGAACUAUUGGUAGAAAAGUGACACUGAAGUAAUGCCAUAAAAAGCAAAAGCGCAGAAGUCGAGAUUUUAGCUAUCUGUAUUUUCAGCUAGGAUGACUCAGGUUUUAUAUUUAACUCGUCAGUUAAGUUAAUUUUCAAUGAAAAAUGUCAGCUAACGUCUGCCAAAAAGUUUUAGUUCCCUAAAUAGGAACUUUAUAACUCUAAACUCUAAUUGGUUUACUUGCCUAAAUGUAGCUAGCUAAUGUUAAACAUAAGCUGUGUCCGACCACACUCAGCAGGUCAUUGUUUUAAUAUGUUAACAUUAGCCGCUUUCCGACCAAGUAGCAAUUGUCAAUUCAGGCAUCAAUUUCCGCAAGACUGCCUAUAUUCGAAAUCUAAACAGUUCAUUUCUCGCCUAAAACGUUGUCAGAAGUGAAUUUAGUGAUGAAUAAGAUGGCGAAAACUGUUAAAAUUGUCCCGUUGUUGGUCUGUCUGUACCGGAAACCCGACCCUCUUUGACCAAGGUCCCUAUGCUGAAAAGGGAAAAGUGGAAAGCAUUUUUGAUUUGGGUAAGAUCAUGGCAGUUUUUAUUAGCCAAAGUUAUAUGAAGAAUCGAUUAGAGUACUGUAGGGUUGACACAUUUUUUUUGAAGCCAACUGGCAAGUAGGCCUAAGCAUCACCCUGGUUUGCAUGACUGCAACGUCACCACCGCGAGCUUCAAACUGAUUUUGCGUGUUCGGUGUGAUGACGUUGACCAACCUCUGUAGUUUUAUUUAGCCAAUUGUUAGCAACCGCUUUUGAGUGUGGUAUUUACCGACGUGUUUUAUGUCGUAGGACAAUUCUCAUAACCACAGACCUUAUUUCAGGCAUCUAACCAAAAAAACCAUUCUAAAAACCUAUUGACUUUGAGACAAGGGAACCGGAAGUGCAACAAUGCUAACUCAUUUCAAGGUUUUAGGACUCAUUUCUGUAAUAUAACAAAGUUGUCUCAGCAUGUGUUUUUUGGGGGUGUAAUGCACAUUACAGCCUUAAGGGGCUGCUAGAGUGGCCAUAGACUUUUAGUUGCGUUAAAAACUGGCAGUUGUAGGUUGACUUUUAGGCCAAUCAUAACUUAUAGUUUGCAUAAUAUGUGUCCACUAUAUCUGAUUUGCAUUUGAGUUUGUGCUUAGUUCACAAAAUUGAAUGAGACUGUUGAGAAUUUGUAAAGAAAGAGUGUCAUUUCAUAACAGCACUGCUCUCCUACACAGACCCCAGCAGCAUUUCACCAUAUAUUUGCCCUGCUUGCCCUACUUCAGUGGCUGAGGGAAAACAUAUCAGUGCUGGCUUCAAGGCUUCAUCAGGGACUUUUCCUGAUGCUACCCACAUGUUGUCUCUAUGUUGGUAGCACAUCCAGUACAGCAGUGUCUUCUGCUAUUCAUGUAGUGUAUGUAAAAAAAAAAAAAAAAA